AUGUCCAAAAAAGUCAUCAAGAUAAUAACAAAUUUGUUGACAACAGAACCCACAUAUGUGAACGUUACACCAUCACCCUAUAACGCCUGGGAAACGUACGAGAAGAAAGUCACUAGGAUCUUGUUAUGCUUAAGGAGGGCAACUUACCUGGGUCAGUGGACUGAAACGUUAAUAAUGGCAUAUUAUUUGGAUCAGUUGGUAGAGGAAACGGGACCAUGGAAUUGUCUUACCUUAUAUUAUUGCCUAGAAA